CUCUCUAGUGUGGUUGUAGUUGCUAACGCAGUGCUCAAUAAUUUAUUUACAAAAAGGAGUUAAAAUAAGUAAAAAGGAGUCUGUCUGUCGACGUGAAUUUUAUUACCGUGCGAUCCGUUUUAAGACUUUUUUUUUAAAGUUGAACCAAAGCUACUGUAGGUUUUCGUUUGUAUAUAUCGCUUAUCCGGUUAGCUCGCUAGCUAGCACCGAGGAGUUAGUUAGUUGGUAAGCAGUGCUCGUUAAAGUGAGUGAAUAAUUAAAGAGUGAAGAUGAUGGCAGUGUGGGUGAGCUGAGGGUUUAUACACCAGAUUCAAUGGGAAAGAGGAAGGACAUGAUGAUCCACCCCAGGUUUCUUGUAGGGGAUGAUGACUACAACGCCCACAGGAAGAAGCACAAAAAGCACAAGAAACAUAAGAAGAAGCACCACCGUGACGAUGGCCACAGCUUCUCGUCUGAGGCUCUGGAGUCAGACACAGGCAUCGUGCUGAAGCCUCCACAGCUAAAGCUGAAGAUCAAAUUAGGAGGACAAACACUGGGCACCAAGAGCGUUCCCACCUUCACGGUGAUCCCGGAGGCCGUGCGGUCGAUGUCUCCUCUGGUUGUGGACAGUGAUGAUGACGACGACUCUGAUGAUGAAGAUGACGAGGACGACAAUGAGGACGAUGAUGAGCCCUCAGAGGGAGUUCCUAUUGAGCAGUACCGUGCCUGGCUCGACGAGGACAGUAACUUGGAGCCUUCUCCUCUACCAGACAUGGACACCGAUUCGUUUUUGGAAGGCCCCAUGGACGAGGAGGAGAAGUGGCUUGACGCACUGGAGAAAGGAGAACUGGAUGAUAACGGAGAGCUGAAAAAGGAGAUAGACGAGUCUCUUCUGACUGCCAGACAGAAAGCGCUGUUGCACAAGCAGCAGAUCCAGCCCCUCUUCGAGCUCCCCAUGGGCUACAAAGAGAAGGAGCUGACGGCCGAGAUGCUGCAGAAGCGAGAGGAACGGGCCCGCAAGAGACGCCUGCAAGCGGCCAAAAAGGCUGAAGAGAACAAGAACCAGACCAUCGAGAGGCUCACCAAGACCAGCAAGGCCAAAAUGAAAAGCACAAAAGAGCGCAAGGCCAAGCAGGUACAGGUGCCCAUGGUGAGGUACUCUGAUAACGCUCAGGGGGCAGCGAUCUCUUACCCGGUUGGAGUGACCGCUCCGGCACCUGCCCCUCCAUGCCCACUUCCUCCUGUUCCUGUGAGCUGUGGGGUCGCUGGCUGCUCCAACCUGAAGAAGUACUCAUGCUCCAAGACGGGAACUCCUCUCUGCAGUCUGGACUGUUACAGGAAGAACUUAACGCUUGUAGAAAGUGCAGCUUGAGCUUAAAGAACUCACAGACAUGUGUUGCACUGUUGGAACGGCUGGAUUUAUGGAUGUCUAUAAGUUCAGAGAGACUAAUUUAUACUUUAAAACUCUGUGACUCUGAAAAUCCAGAAAUUUUUCUUUUUUUGAAGUUUUUUUGAGUUCAUUUCCUGUACAGUUGACUUUCUAACAUGGAUGUCCUUCACAGCAUCCGAUCCCAAUCCAUCAAGAAUACAUAUUCUGUCAUGAAACCAACCGCUUGACAGAAACCUGUUCCGUUUAUCUAUUUAAAGUUGUUUUAUUAUUUUUAGCGCCCUCUGCUGUCUCAGCAAUCUCCCUCUGCUAAAAUAUAUAUAAAUAUACAGUAUAUUCAUUAUGGUUCUCCAUCUAAAGGGAAUAGGAAGAGCCGACUAACUUUGUUCGGGCUGGGGGCGGGGCUUAUUUCAAAGAUACUGAAGGGUACUCUUUAAAAACUUAUGAUUACAGGUUUAAAGAAAUAACUUUAUACAAUUAAAAUCCAAAAUGGAGAAACUGGAUGCUGUGAUUUGUGUGUAAAAAAAAAAAAAAAAAAUCCUGCUUGAUUUCUGUUACAGAUGAUCUUCAUUUGUUCAUGUAAAUUAUGUUGAAUUAGAGAAGAGCACUAUGCUGAAUCAGUGUAGAUGUAAAAACCCCAAAGUAUUGAUGUAGUGUUUGUGUGAUGCUUCAGCCUUUCAAAGGCUUUAGCAUUUUAAUUUUUUCUUGACUACCCCAGAUUUUUUUAUUAUUAUUUUUUUUUGUAAAAAGUCCGAAAUAAACAAGGUGACAUGGC